GAGGGCAGAGACCUUCAUGAAUAGUCCUCUCCAUCUCCAUCUCCAGAAUUCACAAGAAAUAGUAAUCCUACUUAGUUCUCUACCAAUUUUCCUUCCCAAUUCAAUCGCAUUUUCUUUCUUUUUCUCUCUUACCAAACAUAUGAUUCUGAUUCUUCUGAUUCUUUACCAUUCCUCAUUAUCUUCCCUCAUCUUUUGAUGCGACGAUCGCAUGCCCGCAGUCGGGUAAAUUCCAGUUCCAAUUCAAAUUCUAGUUCUAAAUCCACCGGCGGGAAAUCGCCAAAGAUGGACCAAAUCAAGUUUCAGACUCGACUCAGAACGCGAUCCCCCAAUUUCUCCCCUCGGAACUCUAAACAAAGUAGAACGAGCACGCCAUUGAUCGUGGUCUCAGCUGUGGCAGUAUUUUCUAUCUUGCUCUGGUGUCAUCUAUUCGUAUUCACUACAAAGGACCCCGAGAAGUAUCGGAUUAUCAUCGACGGUGGGAGUACAGGGACCAGGAUUCAUGUUUUUAGAUACGGGGUUCAGGGAGGGAGGGCAGUGUUUGGUUUCCUGGAAGGUGGGUUAACGAGCAUGAGGGUUAUUCCGGGAUUGUCAGCGUACGCGAGUGAUCCGGAGUCGGCAGGGCUGUCCAUUGUGGGGCUUCUGGAAUUCGGGAAGGGUAUUGUGCCAAAAAAGCUAUGGGCAGAGACAGAAAUAAGGUUGAUGGCAACGGCUGGGUUGCGACUGCUGGAUAUAGGUGUGCAGGAUGAAAUUCUGAAAUCCUGCAGACGUGUUUUGAGGGCAUCUGGGUUUAAGUUCCAUGACGAUUGGGCGUCGGUGAUUACAGGCUCUGAUGAGGGAGUAUAUGCUUGGGUUGUUGCAAAUUAUGCACUUGGGACUCUUGGAGGUAAUCCUUUGCAAACAACUGGGAUUAUUGAACUUGGUGGUGCUUCUGUUCAGGUGACUUUUGUUUCUAAUGAACCUAUGCCUCCUGAAUUUUCACACACCAUUAAAUUUGGGAAUUCUACAUACAAUCUUUAUAGCCAUAGCUUUCUUCAUUUUGGCCAGAAUGUUGCAUUUGAAUCUUUGAGGGAAUCUCUCAUUUCAGGAGACCUUGAAUUGACUGCUAAUCCUCUUCAGAAAGGAAUCCAAAUAGAUCCAUGUUCACCUAAAGGUUACUUACAUGGCAGGGAGUUGUGGAAGCUAUCUCCAGGUUCUUUAGCUGAAAAGAGCAAAUUUCUAACCACACUUCAAGCCAGGGGUAACUUUUCUGAGUGCAGAUCAGCAGCUUUAAUGCUAUUAGAAAAGGGAAAAGAGAAAUGCUCCCAUAACCAGUGCUAUUUAGGAUCAGCUUUCAUGCCAAAGCUUAAGGGGAAUUUUUUGGCCACAGAAAAUUUUUUCCAUACUUCAAAGUUCUUUGGGUUGCGGCCAAGGGCAUUUCUUUCUAAUCUCAUCAUGGCUGGACAACAUUUCUGCGGAGAAGAUUGGUCGAAGUUAAAGAAUAAAUACCAUUCUGUCAAUGACGAAGAUCUGUUGCACUAUUGUUUUUCUUCAGCAUAUAUUGUGGCGUUACUUCAUGACAGCCUUGGAAUUGCUUUGGAUGAUGAAAGGGUUAGGUUUGCUAAUCAGGUGAAAAACAUACCACUUGACUGGUCCUUGGGUGCCUUCAUCUUGCAAAGUACAGCUGACUUGAAUGUGCAGCACCACGACCCUGACUGGAUUGUAACCAUCAUUAGUGAUGAUUCGCCCACUUUGGUCUCUCUAAUCGCCAUCACUCUAUUAUUGAUGUUUAUAGCAUGGACGAUAUCUAAAUGGAGGAAGGCCCAGUUGAAGACAGUGUAUGAUCUUGAAAAAGGACGAUAUAUAGUUACUCGUGUUGCUAGAAGAUGAUAGCAUUGCCAUUGCUGAGUAUCAAAGUCUGUUCUCUUACUGUGCAGACGCGGAAGAAGAGCAUGGGUCAUACACGGAAUGCUACCAUCAAUCAUGCUUUGCUUCAAAGGCUUCCCUAUCAAUGGCCAUGGGCAAUCUCUGAGAUAGGGUGCCGUGGAGUUUCGGCUGAGAAUUCAGUAUUAUCUUAUUAGUGGGGAGCUUUCUAGAAGGUUGUUAGAUUACUAGUUUCCCAUUUUGUAAUUAUUGAGGGCCAAAAAAUGCUUUGUUGUGCCACUCUCAUUUUACCCAUAAUAAUAGGCAUGGUGCGUGGAGUGAGGUUGAUUAGUUUGUGGAGGUUUAUACCUUCGGCCUUCACCCGUAAAAUGCACGCAUUGUGGGAAAAUUAUUCAAAGGGUGAAACCAAAUUAAAAAGUGAGAGAGACCAUGAGUUGACUAAGAGUGCCUUUGAUAUUGUUGUAAAAUAUCGUGAUUAUAACUAUAGUUUUAUUAAAUUGAGUUAUGAUAU